GCGAUGCCCGAGUGAGUGAGCGAGCGCAGGCCGGGCCCCCUGCCCCUCUAGCAGGCAGCUUCGCGCAGGCCGCUGGGCGUCCUCGCGGCGGGGCGGCUUCGUUUCGAUCCCCGGCGGCGGCGGCGGCGGUGGUGUAGGCAAGAGGGGACCCGGGACACCUGAAUGCCCCCGGCCCCGGCUCCUCCGACGCGAUGGGGAAGGUGCUAUCCAAGAUCUUCGGGAACAAGGAAAUGCGGAUCCUCAUGCUGGGCCUGGACGCGGCCGGCAAGACCACGAUCCUGUACAAGUUGAAGCUGGGCCAGUCGGUGACCACCAUUCCCACGGUGGGUUUCAACGUGGAGACGGUGACUUACAAAAACGUCAAGUUCAACGUGUGGGAUGUGGGCGGCCAGGACAAGAUCCGGCCGCUCUGGCGGCAUUACUACACCGGGACCCAGGGUCUGAUCUUCGUGGUGGACUGCGCCGACCGCGACCGCAUCGACGAGGCCCGCCAGGAGCUGCACCGCAUUAUCAAUGACCGGGAGAUGAGGGACGCCAUAAUCCUCAUCUUCGCCAACAAGCAGGACCUGCCCGAUGCCAUGAAACCCCAUGAGAUCCAGGAGAAACUGGGCCUGACCCGGAUUCGGGACAGGAACUGGUAUGUGCAGCCUUCCUGUGCCACCUCUGGGGACGGACUCUAUGAGGGGCUCACAUGGUUAACCUCUAACUACAAAUCCUAAUGGGCAUCCUCCACCCAUCCCCCGGAAAGAGAGAAAUCAAAGACCCAUUCAUAGGAUUAUCGCCACCGUCAUCAACCUCUUUGAAUUGCCACUUUCUUUUUUGAAUCUGAACUCUGGAGUUACAGUUCUACCGUUUAGUGGGGUUGGGAUUUUCUUUGUUUCCUUUUUUUUUUUUUUUUUUUUUGCUUUGCGUUAGGAUGCUCUGAUCUGAUAUUUGACACGAAUACAGUGCUAGAUGCUCUUGUGACUUCCAGCAAACGGGGUGGGGUAAUAGCAGCUCUUGGUAAAAUCCUUUAUAAUAAUGGUUUGAUUUUUCUAUUUGAGAGAAUCUUUUUUUCCCAUGUAUGCUUUUUUUCCUUUUUGCCCAGUUUCUUAUCACUUGCUGUAGAUGGCUUAUUUUGCAUUCAUGCAGACUGUGUUGCAAGUCUGUUUCAUCUAGUAAACUGAAAAUUAUUGCUUAAUCAAA